UGUAAAGAAAGAAGGAAAGUUAGUUAAAAUCCCUCCUUGUACAAAUAGUUGCCUUGUUCCUCCCCAGCUGAUAAUUUGAAAAUUUCUUUGUAUAUUGACAAUGUCCACAACAAGUGCUCUUGUGUUCAAAGUAGAAAGAUGCCAACCAGAACUAAUUGUUCCAGCAAAACCAACACCCAAAGAGUGGAAACAACUUUCUAAUAUUGAUGACCAAGGAGGCUUUAGAUUUCAAGUUCCAAUGAUUCAAUUUUACCCACAUAAUCCAAGCAUGGAAGGGAAAGAUCCAGUGAAGGUGAUAAAAGAGGCAAUUGCAAAGACAUUGAUUUUCUACUAUCCUUUUGCAGGCAGAGUUAGAGAAGGGUUUGGUAAGAAGCUGUCUGUAGAAUGCACAGGUGAAGGAAUCUUGUUCAUUGAGGCAAAUGCAGAUGUGAGUCUAGAUCAGUUUCAGGAUUCUUCUUCUCUUCAACCUCCAUUUUCAUGUAUGGAUCAACUUCUUUAUGAUGUUCCAAACUCUGGUGGGAUUCUUGAUUCUCCAUUAUUGCUCAUCCAGGUGACGAGACUCAAGUGUGGUGGUUUUACCUUUGCUAUUCGUUUUAACCAUACGAUGACAGAUGGCUUUGGUAUAGUUCAAUUUCUAACGGCCAUAGCUGAGAUGGCUCGUGGGGCUGUUGCUCCAUCUGUUCUUCCAGUAUGGCAAAGAACUCUCUUAAAUGCAAGGGACCCUCCGAGAGUCAGUUGUGCCCAUCAGGAAUAUGACCAAGUUAAUGACACCAAAGGCACCAUAGUUCCCCUUGACAACAUGGUUGAACGUUCAUUCUUCUUUGGCCCAACUGAGAUAUCUAUCAUUCGCAAAACUUUACCCACCCACUUCCACAAUUACUCCUCUCCUGAGCUUCUCGCAGUAUUUAUUUGGCGCCUUCGUACCAUUGCCCUUCAACUUAGCCCAGAGGAGGAAGUGCGUUUUCUUUCCCUCGUGAAUUUACGCACCAAGUUCAGCUCUUUGCCAUUAGGAUAUUAUGGCAAUGCAUUUGUUUUCCCCGCAGCACUUACUACUGCAGGUAAGCUUUCCCAGAAUCACUUGGGUUAUGCUAUAGAAUUAGUUGAGAAUACUAAAGCUAAGGUGACAGAGGAGUACAUGAAGUCUAUGGUAGAUCUUAUGGAGGUCCAAGGACGACCCCAUUUUACUGUAGUUGGGUCGUUCCUUGUGGCCGACUUGACAGAAGCUGGGUUUGAGGAUGUGGACUUUGGAUGGGGAAAGGCCAUAUAUGGCGGAUCUGCCUCUGGGAAAGUUGGACUUGUACCUGGUUUGAUAAGCUUUUGUAUACCUUUUAAGACAAGAAAAGGGGAAAAAGGAAUUGUAGUGCCUCUUUGCUUGCCUGCUCCAGCCAUGGAAAGGUUCAUGGAAGAAGUUAAUGCCUUGCUGAAAAUAACAAACCUUUGAAAUUGGAAAACUCCAGGCUGCAUAUCACUCUUCUUAUCUGG